CUUUCUGCGGAGUGCCUCUCACUUUCGUCCACUAUCGCAGUAUCGGUUGGGAAUGUGGCGAACGCUGCGCCCGUGAGCGUCAUCAGGUUUUCAGCUUGUUAUCGAUCGUCUGAAAGUUUGCUAUCGAGCAACUGGGCAUGUAGUGAUUGAACAGGCAGAUUGUUCUGCAGCGGAACUGCAUUGAAGUUGCCCGAGUAAUUCCGACACUGCGCUUCGGCACAAGUCCUUUUCAUUUACCCAGUGUCAGAGGCUAGGUAACGCAGCUUGUUCGCAGCGUCUUAGUGUUUAGCGCCGAGACUGAGAGAGGACCCUGUGAGGCCAAGCAAAUAGCAUCGACGCUGGUCCACAUCACCAUCAAGGCAGCAGAAGCAGACCAGUGUCCGUGAUGUGUUGCGCUUGUACUUGUAGUCACUUUGAUCAAUGCGCUAAGUCAGAUAUGCGGAAGUGACGCACAACCAUCCACAGCCUUGCGCGCACGUCUGUGCAUGCACACACGCACACACACACAGGCACACACACACACACACACACACACACACACACAAACAGGCACACACACAUACACACAGGCGCACACACACACUCUAGUUCUAAUGUAAGGCUGAUCCGACCGCCACAAUCAUGGCCACGUCAGCCAGCAGGGCACAGCCAAUGACAACACGCUCCACACUGGCCGCCGGCUCUGCCAACAAGCAACCGUCUGGCAACGGGCCAAUUCUGAACAGCGUUGAGCGGCGAAAACACAUCAUACGGGAGAUACGGGAAUCCGAAGAGAGCUAUGUGGAAAAGCUCAACCUUAUUGUUACGCUCUUCUGGGGGCCACUGCAUGUCAACCCCAUCCUGGACAAGUCUGAAAUGGAUGCAAUCUUCUCCAACAUUGUCGAGUUGCGGCGUAUCAAUCUGGAGCUGUUGGACUCGCUACGUGAGCACCGCUCAAAUCCUGGCCUGGCGUUCACGCGAAUGGCACCGUUUCUGAAGUUCUACGCGCUGUAUGCGGAGAAUUUCAACAGAGCGAUGUCCACGUUGCAGGAGUGUGUGCUACGCAAUUCAGAGUUUUCUGGCUUCAAGACGUCGCAGGAAUCACGGCCAAGCUGUCAGGCUCUUAGGUUGGAAGGCUUCCUCAUAAUGCCAAUCCAGCGAAUCCCAAGGUAUCGACUGCUGUUGAAAGACCUGUUACGCCAUACAGACGAAACCCAUCCAGACUUCCCCAUGUUGAAAACAUCGUACGAUCAGAUCUGCGAGGUUGCCAGUCACAUCAACGAGUACAUACGACAGCACGAGAACUUUGAGAAGAUGUUGAGCAUCCAGCAGAGCCUGUCAGGUGCAGGUGACUAUCGAAUACUCAUGCCGGGCCGCCGAUUCGUCAAGGAGGGUCGCCUGAUGAAGGUGUGUCGCAAGAAGAGCAAGGAACGCGUUAUAUUCCUGUUCUCUGAUCAGCUGGUGUAUGCCAAGCCGCGUGCCCGAUUGCAGGGUGCAAGGAAGGAUAGUGUGUCCGGGACGCAUAUAUUCCGUGCUGCCCUACCGCUGGUGACUUGCUCCGUGACGGCACUCAGCCAUCAUCCCAGAGUGCCCAGUGUAUCGCCACUCCUGAUGAUCGAGUGCCAAUCCUCCUCUCUGAUACUCUUCUCCAGUGAUGCGAGUGAACAUGACUCUUGGCUCAAGGCAUUGCAGGAAUCAAUUCGGCAUCUACGGCAAGCACACGAGAGCUUGGUUCAUCAGAUGAGUCGGCGGGACUCGCGUUCGGUUAUCCUGACGAAUACAAUGCUGAAAGGUUCUCACCGGGUCAAGGGACAUAGACAUGAUAGUUCAGAAUCGCUCCUGGAGGAGUCACCGACCAGCAUCAAGUCCGACUAUCCACUGCGUUAUUCCGUCAUGUCCCAUCAGGCCGACGAAGGAGAGGAUGAUGAAGAGAGCGGCGCCCAUCAGAAGGCGCAGCACGGUACAGCAGAGGCCAACACAGCCACUCUACCACUGGAUCUGACCACUUCACAGGAUGUUGACGAUUUACUACACGCUCUAGCAUCCAUAGAUAGUAUCGACAAUGAGGAGGAGGACAGUGGUCGGUCCGACAACGAGAAGCCGUCGUACACGGAAGUGAGGCGAAGGCAAUUGGAUUCAUCUGGCGCUGCCGGUACGGCUGCAGGAGUGUCACCGGGAGCAAAUGGAGUCGACGCCAAUGUCCACUCAACACGCCCAGUGUCCAUGAAGCCUACGGAAAAGUUCAGUCGUGAUGGCAUCAUGUCGCCACAUCAACUCUCUCCCACUGUAAGCAGUGCGUCAGCAGCAGCAGCAGCACCAGCAGCAACACGAGACCCGAGCACGCAAGCACCUACAACUGCAGGUGUGAUUGGUGUAUCACCUGGCAUGGCCAUCUCAUCCAGCUCCGCUUCUCCACACCAGUCAGACCCAGAGUCCAUACGACAUCAACAGCAGCAGCUGCAGCAACAGCGUCUGGGCGGCCAGGGGCCGAGCUUCCGGCGCCGUCCGCCGACAAAAGAGAUGAGAGGCAAGUACGCUCGCGACGCUGCGGCUGCCUCGUUGAAAGAGGAGAGCAGUCACGCAACAGAACAAGUGAUGACAAAGAGUCACACACUGGACAGAAGCACGUCACGAAAGGGAGACGGCGGUCAAUCCGGCGGUCAAUCCGGCGGUAGCCAUGGAAAUGGUGGCACGGGUCACAAAUCCCGUAGCAUGUCACUUGACAGGCGUAGAGUAGAGCCAACAUCACCCGGCCAUACAAUAUCGGGUACCAGUGCGUCGUCUUCUCCGGCACGCAGACAAGACCAAUCCGCACAGUCCACAGGAGCCCACACACAUGAGUCGUCUUCUGCUAGAGUUGCCAAGCCUGGACGGAUGACUCAAGAAGCCAACGCAGAUGGCACUGCCGCUGAAGCUCGGAGCCCUAGUGCUGCACGAAAACACGGCUAUUUCGAUGACAGCGGUCAGUAUCACUUGGCGUCGUCCAGUCCCGAGCCGGAACAAACUGGAACAUUGCGCAAAAAGAAACAGGUACGAAGUGCCAAGCAACCUCUGAAAGUCAUCACCUCCGACUCUGGUCAACUGAUGUUUGUUGAAGGGGAAGCCGCCGGCUCUGGUACAGAAGAUGGAGAAGGAGCUGCUGCUGAUGAUGAUGAUGGCGGUCGCCAUAGAGCAUGUGAUGACGUUGAGCCUCUGCUGAAUAAAAACCACCAAGUGAGAGGAACUUCAACCCGGGCAUCACCGUCGAGUGAAUCAAGAGAAGGAAGUAACGAGAGUUCUGCGCAGAAGCAUCCACCUGGAGAAGAUCCUGUCACAGAUCUGGGUUGUGGAGGUCGAAUGACAGAGUCCGGCACUCUCAGUGCGUACAGAACGUUGCAUGUCCGAGGCGACCAGAGCUACAGGCAACGCAGCGCGUGAUGAAAUGAAUGUGUGUAGAUAUCUACUGUACGCGCCGUACUCACAGCUAGCGGCUGCAUGCCCACUCACUGAGGCUACUUGACCUCCGGCUGGAUUUCCAUGUCCACGACAGUAUCUGUCUAUCUCCCUCUCUCAGUUUCUAUCUAUUUAUCUAUCUAUCAAUCAACAGUAUGUUCAUUUUUUGCUUUUCUGUGUUGUGUUCGUAUAGGUUACGCACCACAACAUAUUCAUUUGAGACUGCAACUGCAGAGUCGAGGGUCUGCAGGAUACUCUAACAUUAUUGAGACUGGCGUUGUGAGAUUGUUUGCUAACCGUAGCUAUUGUAGCUGUUAGCAGAGUGCAGUCCCAUCUGGACUGCCGUACCGUGGGAAUUUUGUGUUUUACCCUGCACGCUCUCGUGCUGUCUGAUAUUUAUAAUGGUGCAUCUUGAUGAUCCUGCUCAGAAUCCACACACUGCACCGAUGCUGACCCUGCCUCACUUGAUCCUGUUUGCUGCUGAUAUCUUGAGAUACAUAUUAUGUGCUGUAGCUGCAUGCCCUGAGAGAAUUGAGCUUCAAAGCUGAUCUACGUGCUACUGCCUUUCGCUUUCCUCAGAACUUCCGCUUGCAUCCUGUGGCACCCCUCAAUGUUAUGUCAUCACCGCAGCUCAUCACUGUACCGUUGCGAUUCGCUCAACACAAUGAUUCCAAUCUAGAGUAAUAAUAUUAUUACUCUAGAGAAGCACA